AUGUACACAGUUGAGUUCCAGAAGAGAGGGUUGCCACAUAUCCAUCUAUUAGUUUGGCUUGCUGAAGAGGACAAGUUGCGAACAACAGCAGAUAUAGAUGCAGUGAUAUCGGCAGAACUUCCGAACCCUGAGAUCGACCCUUUAGGAUAUGACGCUGUUGUCAAGUACAUGCUUCAUGGGCCUUGUGGUGGAGCAAAUGCAAACGCUCCAUGUAUGAAAGAUAAGUGUUCCAAACAUUUCCCAAAGGAUUUCAAUUCAGCAACCACGUUUGACAAGUCUGGUUGUGCUAUCUAUAGAAGAAGGGACUCUGGAAUCCAAGUGCAAAAGGGGAGUGCAAUUUUAGACAACCGUCAUGUUGUACCAUACAACAGAAAUUUGUUGGUUCGAUUACAAGCCCACGUCAACGUGGAGGUAUGUCACAAGGGGAAGCUCAUAAAAUACCUCUUCAAGUAUGUAACAAAGGGCCCAGACAGAUCGUUGGUGAUUGCUGAGAAUCCUGCAACACAAGCUACGGACCCACCAACGCAAGAUGCAAGACGCAAAGAUGAGAUACAACAAUUUAUCGAUUGCCGAACGUUGUCGUCGUAUGAGGCUAUAUGGCGGUUGAAUGAGUAUCCAAUUCAUGUUAGAGAACCAGCUGUUGUGCGCUUGGGCGUGCAUCUCGAUGGCCAGCAGAAAGUCCCCUACAGAAAGCAAUCAAGCAUUGACAGGGUUCUGAGAGAUCCAAAUGCGGGUAAGACACACUUGACAGAAUGGUUUGCACUGAAUUGUAGAGAUCCUGAGGCAAGAAGUUUGACAUAUGCACAGAUCCCAAACAAAUAUACUUGGCUACCUGACUGUAAAGAAUGGACUCCACGCAAAAGAGGAUUUGGGAUUGGGAGGGUUGCGUAUGUGCCUCCAGGAUCAGGAGACGUGUUUUUUCUUCGUAUGUUACUUACGAAAGUUCGCGGAUCUCUUAGCUACAGACAUAUGAGGACUGUCAAUGGAGAAAUAUGUCAAGAUUUUGAAAAAGCUUGCGAUAGGUUAGGCUUGCUAUCAGAUUCAUCAGAGUGGGUGAAAGUGCUUACUGAAGUUUCUGCCUCGAGCAUGCCACGGGUAAUUCGCACUACCUUUGUGUCUAUGCUGAUGUUUUGCGAAAUUCCAAACCCUUUGGCACUGUAUGACUCAGCUUGGCGAUCUAUGGGAGAUGAUUAUGCUUAUAGUAUCUGCACAACUCUGCCAACUGGAAAUAACAGUCCAACUGAUGAAAGAAUACAGAAUUGGGUUUUGCGACAAUUGCAACAACUCCUUGGGUCUCACUCAUCCACGCUUAAUGAUUUUGGACUCCCUAUCACCACGGAUGAUGCAGAUUCUGAUGAUGGAGCAAAUCCACUUAUUAACAACCACCUGGAUUUUGAUAUGAACUCACAGUCAAUCUUAUCAAGCACUAUGUUGGAGUCACUCAACACGGAUCAGUUGCAUGUGUACUCGGCUAUCAUAAAUUCGAUUCAUAACAAGUCAGGGCAACCAUUCUUCUUAUAUGGACAUAGUGGCACAGGGAAAACAUUCCUAUACAACGCAAUAACAGCGAGGCUAAGAAGUAUGUCAAAAAUUGGUGUUCUGGUUGCCUCGUCUGGAAUUGCAGCAACAUUACUGCCUAAAGCCACCACUGCCCACUCGAGAUUUAAGAUACCUCUGACCUUAGACACAACAUCAACAUGUCCAAUCAAGAAAGGUACACACUUAGCUGAGUUGAUCGGGGAAGCUUCUCUGAUUAUCUGGGAUGAAGCGCCCAUGACACACCGACUGGCCUUCGAAGCUGUGGAUCGCAGAUUUUGUGAUAUAAUGAAUGUUCCACUGAGGGGCUCACUGUACAAGCCUUUUGGAGGGAAGAAUGUGCUUUUCGGGGGGGAUUUUCGCCAGACACUCCCAGUCAUAACAGAAGCAUGUCGAGAGCAAACAGUAGAUGGUUCUCUUACCAGAUCACUCUUGUGGAAUUCUUUUAAACUACUAAAGCUAUCUAGAAACAUGAGGAUCACCAAUUCAGUGGCAGAUGAAGCAAGGUUCAUGCAUGGCUAUACAUUCCCAGAGUGGGUGCUUGCUUUGGGAGAUGCAAAGCUUAAGACAACAUCGUUUAAGCCAGAUACUCCAUCAGAUUGGGUUCAGAUCCCGCAGAUCUUUUUGGUGGACCAUGGCACUCACCCCAUUGGCUCCAUUACAGAAGACAUUUAUGACCUGUUCCUACAGAACUACAGGCAGCCACAGUACCUUGCAACAAGGGCAAUCAUAACUCCAAAAAAUACAACAGUGACUGAGAUUAAUUCAUAUAUGCUGCAGCAAGUACCAGGCAUAACAAAAACAUACUACAGUUCAGACUCACUCCAGCAAUCAACAGAGACAUUUGCUUCAUUUGAAGACUGCUAUCCAACUGAGUUUCUCAACACACUGACUUUCAACGGAGUUCCUGAUCAUGAGCUCAUCCUUAAGAAUUAUACACCAAUCAUGCUUCUACGCAACCUCAACCCUGGACUUGGGCUGUGCAACGGUACGCGUAUCAUGAUAACGUCGUUGGGUGACAAUGUUAUCCGAGGGACCAUCAUGGGAGGUUCCAAUGACACCGACGAUGUUAUCAUUACAAGAAUUGUGCUUAAUAUCGAAAAUUCAAGGUGGCCAUUUAUACUUAAAAGGCGUCAGUUCCCUGUACGCUUGUGCUAUGGGAUGACCAUAAACAAAAGCCAAGGGCAGACGCUAGACAAGGUUGGUAUAUACUUGCCUGAUCCAGUUUUCAGCCAUGGCCAACUGUAUGUGGGAGUUUCAAGAGUGAGAUCCACCAAUGGCCUGAGAAUACUCAUUGACAACCCUGCUGACAUACCAGGAGACUACACCAGGAAUAUCGUUUUCAGGGAAGCAUUCACUGAUAUACUACAAGCUUAG